AUGUUUCUAAGGUUACUCCUCCAUACAUGGAGGAAAUGCCGAUCAAUCCUGCUUUUGCUCAUUACUGCAAGCGUUUUAUUCUACUAUACCUUUGAAAAUGAGAUUGAGCAUCUUAAUUCUUUUGCAUACACUGAUUCUUUACCAUUGAUUCAGAACCAAGAUUCGCAUAAUGCUCCUGUAGCUGGUUCUGCAGAUAAAAUUACACACGAUGAAAUAUCCAAGGAGCUGACCGAUAAGUCGAGUUUGUCUGAAAAGAAUAAGUAUUUCCCCAUAUUGCUAGAGAAUAGCGACGAAGCCUUGAAGUAUCGGUCGGAAAAUUAUGACAGUAAGGAGCCAUUCCACCCCUUCCAUCCUUUCUAUGAGAAAAAAACUGUUAUACCUUACAAACAAAUUAGCAAACAGUAUCCGCAAUUGAAUCGAGUGUCAUCUAUUCAUUCGAACGCUUUAAUAAAGGACGAGCUAUUGUAUCAUUGGACAGCUAGAAUAAACCGCAUUACAGACCAUGCCUACUUGGAUUUGCAAACAAAUAUUUCCAUUUUGUCUACGGACUCACUUUUACAGCGAAAUGAAUCACUUCUUACCGUGACCGCUGUACUUAAUAAGUUUGAUGACCCAAUGGAUCAACGGGUCUGGUCAUCUGAGAUUUUAGGUUCAUUAUUAGCUGUAAUUGGUAAUAGGAAAGAGAAGAAUCCUGAAUUGUUACAGUUGAUAACGAUAAUAGGUGAAAUGUUGCUCCGCAGUUACGACACUCCAAACUAUUUACCGCAGAUUCCUUUCUUUUGGAAAACAUCUGUCCCAAAUCGAUACGCUUUCAAAAAGACAAAAACUAGCAUGUUAGCAACUAAUAUACUUGAGUUUCUUACUUUGUCACACAUAACUAAUGACCCACAAUUUGACUCAGUUGUUUCUCACUCUUUGCAGACGAUGUCAAGAUCCGUGCUUUUAUUCGAUAUAGAUUACCUUUUCCCUUCCUUUGUUGACGCAAGUGGUUGUAAACCUUUAUCUGAUGAAAAAAUUGCAAAAGGAGACCACCUUCGUGAAUCCAACGUUUUGAAGUCUAUGCAAAAUGGUAAGUAUAUUCAUUGUGUUAUCAAGGAAUCGCUACUUCCUCAACAUAAUGUCGAUGGAAAUCCCAUUACACUGGAUACAAUCGAUUUAUACUUGACCGUUUUGAAGGCUUAUCAUCUUAAUAACGGUAAUCUGUUUGAGAAAAGAGAGGCUGAAAAGUCUAUCACUAAAUCGUUGUUACACUCAAUUAAGAUGAUAAAUGACACAAUGCUAUUUCAGCCGUGGCUUCCAUCUGAUUUAGAGGAUCUUUUGCUUCCAACCAGUAUUAAAACAAACAUUCAUUUCGACGUUUUAGAGGAUAGAAACGAAGUCUCUAUCGGGAAAGAAUACAAGGUGACGCCAGAUGGUGCUAAAAUGAGUUCACUUUUAUCCAUAUCUAGCGUUUUGUUUAAUGAUUCAUCAUUGAUCGAGCAAGCAAAGGCUAUCACUAAGGGGUAUUACGAAUUAUACAAGUUGUUAGAUCAAAUUCCAGAUGUUGUGGCAUUGGAUAGAAAACUUCCUACUUUCGGAAUGUUUGAUCCAACUGCUAAGAUUGCGCUAAUCAAAUCUGGACACUAUAAAUCAAACACCAUGCAGCAAGGCGUCAAAAUUACGGAAACGACAGAAGACAAAUCAAAACACUAUACGAACACGGAUGCGCACAGCUUCUCACCCAACGUCAAAGACAUAAAUGAAGAACAAUUGUGUUGGAAGCUGCAUACUUGGCCGUUUUAUGUCAAUGAUAUGGUGGUAUCAACAAGGCCACCUUUCGAACUCAUUGAGUCGUUAAUUUAUCUUUACAAAAUAACCGAAGACUAUCAAUGGAAGCUCAUCGGUGAAGAUCUUAUGCAUAGCAUCGAAUGGUCACAAUUAACCGUAGCGGAUACGGGAAAGUUAGUAAGGUUAUUUUAUGCAUUGUUUGAGGAUCACGUUAAUAUUGAUGAAUACGUCAUAAACAGCAAGUACCAUUUCAUUGCCAGACAAUUUGAGGUUAAUCCGACUUCUAAACGGAUUUAUCAUACCUUUGACGACAUAAAAGAAACCAACAAGCUAAUGAACCCGUAA